AUGGAUUGUUCUGCUGCUGUUGGUGGUAGUGAUGAUGAUGGUGAUGAUGAUAAUGAUGAUGAUGAUGAUGGUAAUGAUGAUGGUUCUAUAUUCUGCAUUUUAAAUGCUGUGUGGUGUGCACAUCUAACAAUUGGCACAAAUAAAACUCGGGCAGCAUACGGCGUGCGAUCAUGUCGUGAUUUAUAUUAUUUUCAUGCUGCCCAAUUCUGCCCAAUGCAUGUUGACAUCUGUGCAUGUUUAUAUAGAUGCAUAUGUUCUAUUGACAAUAGUAUGGUGUGCAAUGGUAUAGAUAUCGUAUCAUGUUGUUCGACAUUCGUUCAAGUCGCUACUUACUUAGCGUCAGUCGAUAAUUUUUUAGGAAAAUUGAUAAAGCGACCGUCAAGCGUGAGAUUGCUACGUUUGCUGCGUGACGGAUAUGCUGCUUCGUGA